GUCUCAUAAACGACCAUAAAAACACACACGGUGACGCGCCGCGGCCGCCGCCAUCGGUGCCGCCGAGGUGGAACCACCCCCGCCAGCCUGCCUUCGGCAGGAGGGGAGCGUUUUCAGCCAGGUACCCCCAACAGGCUCCCAGGGAUUUCCAGCUGCACCAGGGUCACUCUUGGAGAAAAAAAUACUCCCUCGUCAACCGGCCGCCGGGAUCGGCGUGCGAUGUCGGAAGUACCAGCACGUCUUGGGGUUUUGGAAGCCACGUGGACAACCAGGAACCCGAACCACGGGAAUCGUCACCAGAGAGACACGUGGACUUAACGACGGAUGGUAACAUCGUGGUGGGGAUCCAGCUGCCGCAGAGGGCUGGCCUGUUUGGAGACACCGCAGGUUUUGCCGACGUGGGUUCUUGCUAUGAGUUUUCUGGGCUGGAAGAUGACAGUAAAAACGUGCUGAAAUCUCAAUAUAUGAGCGAAAACGAAGAGAGAAGACCUUCUCUCUCCAUUUCCUUUAGUUCAUCUCAUCGGUUUGUGAGUUCAGCUUACGUGAGCGUGCCAGAGAAGCCCAGAACGGUGUGUCUGGCCAGUGAUGUGGCCGGCAGCUCGCCUGCCUCCUACGGGAGCACCAGUGAAAGUGCUGUGACACUAAAAUCAGAACCGCAGCAGCUUUCCGUGUUGCCGGGUCACGAGCCGGCUCAGCACUCGGUACGGAGGAAGACAGAACCGCCAGCUCCAGGGCAGUCCAGUUGUGAGCAAGUGAGAGAUGCUUUCAGAGAGCUGAAGCUCCUUGGAAAUGGCAAGACGGGCUCUGGACCUGCUCAGGCUGCAGCUUCGGUGGUUGGGAUGACUCCAACAAAGAGCAGAUUUUCUGUACUUCCCAAAGCUGCUGCUCUCCAAAGAGCUGCCUCAACGUCAGCCUCCAGCAAAGCUCCAAAGUUCAAAAAAACGAAUUACACCUGGGUCGCAAACCCUGGGAAAUGCUCUCGUGGCGGCGUGAAGAGAUGGGUCAGCCCAAAAGCUGCCGAAAGUGCCAAGAAGGUCGCCGGUGGAGCAGACAGAGGUGGUAAACUGUCACCCAAAGGUGACUUGGGAGCAAAGCUGAAGAAAUCAGGACUGCAGUCCAAACUGGGUGUUUCUCCCAGCAAGUAUAAGUGGAAAGCUUCCAGCCUGCAGACCUUGCCCUCCACCUCCAAGUCAGCGUUCCGGUGGCGAUCCGAGGACCAGAAAAAGCCUCUGGCCCCCGCCCUCCCUCGAGCCGCCAACCCGCCGCCUCCGAGCGCCGUGUCGGUCGGUCUCGGCGGGGUGAAGUCCUCCUUGGGCGAUGCCGCGCUAUCCAGUUAUAAAGUGAAGAGUCGGACAAAAAUCAUCAAGAGGAAGGGAAGUUCCCCGACAGAUAAGAAGAGCAACUUCUCGCCCACCACGCCUCCGAAAAGCCACUUCCACCUCAGGAAGAAAAACUCCUCGCGGGGGAAACCGUCUGCUACGCUCAAACGCUCCUCGCCCAAGGGCCUCGUGCAGAUCACCAAGCACAGGCUCUGCAGGCUGCCGGCCACCAGGAUGCAGAUCUCCACCAAGGAAG